CAAAAUGGUCUUGGAAGCAACUGUCUUGGUUAUCGACAACUCAGAGUGGAUGCGCAAUGGUGACUAUACACCAACUCGUAUUGAAGCCCAACAAGAUGCUGCCAUUCUGCUCUUCAAUGCAAAAACUCAGACAAAUCCUGAAAACAGUGUUGGCUUGAUGACUAUGGCUGGAAAGAACCCAAACGUUCUAGUAACUCUAACAAAAGAUAUUGGAAAGGUCUUGACUGCUCUUCACAAUGUUCAACUUUCUGGUGGAGUCAAAGUCAAUAUUGGUGUUCAGAUUGCUCAGCUUAUUUUGAAGCACCGUGAACAUAGCCAUCACCAUCAGAGGAUUAUCGUUUUUGUUGGCAGCCCGAUUAACGAGGAUGAGGCAUCACUUGUGACACUGGGCAAGAAACUUAAAAAAAACAACAUUGCCAUUGAUGUAGUUAGUUUUGGCGAAGAUGCGGAAAACCAAACCAAACUCGAAGCCUUUAUUGGUGCUGCAAACAACAGUGAUAAUAGUCACUUGGUUACUAUCCCACCCGGACCUCAUAUUCUCAGUGAUAUCUUGCUCUCAUCCCCCAUUAUUUCUGGAGAAGAUGGUCCUCCACCAGGGUUUUCUAGUGGUACCGGAUUUGAGUUUGGUGUCGAUCCUAGUCUUGAUCCAGAACUUGCUCUUGCUCUUAGAAUUUCGAUGGAGGAAGAGCGUGCACGUCAGGAGAAGACUGUUCCUGCAAGCGAAUCUCCGUCAAAGAAAGUCAAUGCACCACCUUCUGCAAGUGGCGGGACUCUUGAAGACGAUAUGCUAGCACAAGCACUUGCCAUGUCUGUUCAAGGCACCGAGGCUCAUAACGACGAAGAUGUAGAAAUGGUGGAUGAAGAUGAGGCCAUGGCGCGUGCGAUAGCCAUGUCAAUGGGUGAUGAUGGUGGUGCGAUGGAUUCCAACUUUAUGAGCUCAAUGCUGCAAUCUCUACCUGGUGUUGAUCCUAACGAUCCCCGUAUUCAAUCUGCACUAAAAGGCGACAAAAAGGAACCCAAGGAUGAUUCUUCUAAAUAAGAAACAAGUAUGAUCAACGAUUUUUCGAAAAAAAUGAAUCUAAUAUUCAACAAGCU